GUGAUUCAACAAUAAACAUUGCACAUGUUUUUUUCCCUCAUCUUUUAUUCGGGUCAUUUAUUUUCACAUUUUUUUUGUUGAAAAUUUUAUCAAAAAAUUGAAUAAAUUCUCAAAUGACCUCUGUAAUUCAACAAUGUACAGGUUGUGGUGGUGAAGCAUCAACACUGAAAUGUCCACAAUGUUUGAAAUUAGGUAUUGAAACAUCGGUAUUUUGUUCACAAGAUUGUUUUCGAAAUGUUUGGCCUAAACAUAAACUUUUACAUCGAAAAAAUGCUGUUGUUAAUGAAAGUGAAGAAAAAAAUGAAAAAACAGCCAAAUCUCCUUAUAAUCCAUGGCCAUUGUUUAGCUUUACGGGAUCAUUGCGGCCAAUGUAUCCAUUAUCACCAAAACGAACAGUACCGGAACAUAUAAUGCGCCCAGAUUAUGCCGAUCAUCCACUUGGUGAAUCGGCUUCGGAACAAAGCGUGAAAGGUUCGACACAAAUUCGAGUAUUGGAUGAUGAAGAAAUUGAAGGAAUGCGUGUUGCCUGUAAAUUAGCACGCGAAGUAUUGGAUGUUGCAUAUGAAGCAGCCGAUAUCGAUAUAACUACCGAUGAAAUAGAUCGUCUUGUACAUGAAGCAUGUAUCGAACGUGAAUGUUAUCCAUCGCCAUUAAAUUAUUAUAAUUUUCCUAAAUCCUGUUGUACAUCGGUAAAUGAAGUGAUCUGUCACGGUAUACCUGAUCAACGGCCAUUAGAAAAUGGUGAUAUUUUGAAUGUUGAUAUAACUGUUUAUCAUCGUGGUUUUCACGGUGAUCUCAAUGAAACAAUGUUUAUUGGUGAAGUUCAACCGCAACAUCGAAAAUUGGUACAAGUUACAUAUGAUGCAUUACAAAAAGCUAUUGCCAUUAUAAAACCGGGUGAAAAAUAUCGUGAAAUCGGUAAUGUUAUACAGAAACAUGUUUCGGCACAUGGUUAUUCAGUUGUACGAAGUUAUUGUGGUCAUGGUAUACAUCGUUUGUUUCAUACUGCACCACAAGUACCGCAUUAUGGUAAAAAUAAAGCAUGUGGUAUUAUGAAAGCUGGUCAUUCGUUUACAAUCGAACCAAUGAUAUCGGAAGGUAAUUGGCGUGAUCAAACAUGGCCCGAUGAAUGGACAGCCGUAACGGCCGAUGGCCGACGUUCAGCACAAUUUGAACAAACAUUUUUGGUUACCGAUAAUGGUUGUGAAAUAAUGACUCGACGACGAAAAAAUAAUGGUCAACCUUAUUUCAUGGAUAAAUUGAUUCAAUGAAUGGAAAAAAUAUCGAUUGUUCAAUAUCGAUGUAUCGAUAACAUUUUGAUUGUUUUUUUUUGGAGGAGGAUAUCCUUUUAGUGAUUUUGUUUAGUGUUUUCCGC